AUGCGGAGGAGAUCAUCUGGCUCGGCCGCAGAGGAAGAAGGCAACGAUUCAUCUGCAAAUCCGGACGCAAUUGAAGGACCAGGGUUCACUGCUCACUCUGGAACCGAAGUGUUGACAUUGAAUAGUAAGGAUUUCCAGAAUUUUCAAUCAACUUCACGACAAACCAGUCCUCAACAUACACAAUCCGAAUUAGAUCGAAGGAAAAGUUGCGAUAAGAGACCCCUGGCUGCCAGAAGCCGGCGCCCCAGCAAUACAAAUUGGAAACCAACAGAAUCGCGCAAUGGACAUAUAGAUAAAAGUCGACCUACCGAUUCUGCUGUAAUCAGUAUUUCUUCAAAAGGGGCGAUCGAGGUAGACAAGAUGACCGACUCUAGACAAGCUUCACGACGGUCGAGGCUGCGAAGUCCUUGGUCUUUUACUCCAUUGACCUUUGGCACUACAAUCAUAGCCUUACUUACUUUGGCCUCUAUUAUACAUUCAUUUACUACGCGACAAUUGGAUAAUAAAGGAUGUCGAAUGUCAUAUAUGAGGCCUUCUUUUGCGAAGUUGUCAGAUUUCGACACGGAACAUACCCGUUUUGCGAGCAAAUAUUCCGUCUACCUAUAUAGGGAAGGAAUGGUGGACGAGGAUACCAAGGUCAAAGGUGUUCCCGUUUUAUUCAUACCUGGUAAUGCUGGAAGUUAUAAACAAGUUCGCCCAAUUGCCGCAGAGGCUGCAACAUAUUUUCACGAUGUUUUACAACACGAUUCUACAGCGAUCGAAGCCGGAGCUCGGAACCUGGACUUCUUUACUGUUGAUUUCAAUGAGGACAUAACGGCCUUCCACGGACAGACAAUGUUGGACCAGGCAGAAUAUUUGAAUGAAGCGAUUGCCUAUAUCUUGUCUCUAUACCACGAUCCUCGAAGAUCACAGCGUGACCCAGAGCUUCCAGAUCCAACUUCUGUUAUAAUAUUGGGGCAUUCGAUGGGUGGAAUUGUAGCGCGCACCAUGUUGAUCAUGCCGAACUACCAGUCGAAUUCGAUUAACACAAUUAUUACCAUGUCAGCUCCACAUGCUCGACCUCCAGUUUCCUUCGAUGCAGAGAUUGUCAAAACUUACAAGCAGAUCAACGACUACUGGCGUCAAGCGUAUUCACAGAAAUGGGCAAACAACAAUCCUCUAUGGCACGUUACUUUAUUAUCCAUAGCUGGGGGUGGACUUGAUACUGUUGUUCCGUCGGAUUAUGCCAGUUUGGAAUCCCUGGUGCCAGAUACACAUGGAUUUACCGUUUUCACCUCGUCUGUCCCGAACGUAUGGACCGGUAUGGAUCAUCAAGCAAUUUUGUGGUGCGAUCAAUUUAGAAAAGUCGUCGUUAGAUCUCUAUACGAAGUUGUCGAUGUGAACCGGCCUGCUCAAACGAAACCUCGAGCGGAUAGGAUGAGAAUUUUCAAGAAAUGGUACUUGACAGGAAUGGAGAGCCUCGCGGAAAAGACCCUCUCACAUAAGGAACCAACGACUUUGCUUACUUUGGAAGACGAUUCACAUGCAAUAAUUCCUCAAGGAGAAAGGUUAACUCUUCGAAAAUUUGGCGAGUCUCGAAAACCAAAAGCACAUUUACUUCCAAUCCCUCCCCAAGGAACGCCAGGUGGAAAACGAUUCACACUUCUUACUGAUCAGAAGCUCGAUAAGCCUGGGGAUUCUGGAAAGUUGGAAGUUCUCUUUUGCAGCGUUUUCCCAUUACACCCUGGCCAAUCAGCUACGUUAUUUUCCAUGAAUAUGGAUCUGUCUGGGGAUAGUUCUGGAUCUACAAGAUUGGCUUGCAAAAGUGCCGCAAGUGACGUUAUUCCUCUGCCAGCAUCGACCCGAACAUCGAAAAAGCCUUUCUAUCUGGAUGAAGAGGAAGAAAUCUUGCCAUUUUCUUAUUUGCAAUACGACCUGGAGGAUAUAAUCGACCACCAAUUUGUUGCUAUCGUCGAUAAAGCAGUUGACCCUACACCUGGAUGGGUGAUCGCCGAGUUCAGUGAUAACGUUCAAUCACAUCGAAUCAGAUCACUGAGCCUUCGACGUCUCCUGGCUUUUGGUAUGAAGAUGAGACUCCCACCAAAUAGACCAAUGGUUGCAGAGGUCAAAAUACCCGCAAUACACUCGAGUUUAUUGGCGUAUAAUCUGGAAAUGGGUAACCAGGUAUGUGGUGAAGAAUCGGAGCUCUUCACUCCCCUCCUACGACAGUAUAUUUCGGAACCUUACGAGUCAAAAUAUUUUGUAAACGUGAAGCGAGCAACCAUUAAUCUCCAUGGAGUCUCUCCGUUUAUGCCUCCCGCACUCAAAUAUAAAGCAGUUCAAGAUGGAUUAAGUCUUCAAUUCUGGACCGAUCCGACUUGUAACUCGAGCAUCAAAAUUUCACUGAGUGUUGAUAUCCCAGGCAGUUUGGGAAAGUUGUAUAUGCGAUAUCGGACUGUCUUUGCCGCAUUUCCUUUACUUGUUGUUGCGCUAGUCUUGCGGAAGCAAUUUCGAAUGUAUGAUGAGACGGGAAUAUUCAUUUCCUUUGGAGAGAGUCUGGACUUAUGUUUGCGACAAUCUUUACCCUUGGUGCUAUUAGCUCUUACAUGCCUGUCAGUAUCUUUCUCUAGGGCAAGUACGGCACUACCUCAAGGAGCUCCCACAGGAUUCUUUGGAUGGGGAAGAAAUGCAUCGGAAACUGUCAUCGACUAUACCAAAAAUGAUCUGCUAGUGGGAUCACAAGAUCCAUUCUUCUGGUUCAUGGUUCCUCUCAUUGGACUUGUUUGCAUUGGCGUAUGUGUGAUGAUCAACUAUGCUACGUUGACCAUUACUCACGUCCUGAGUGUGUUAUAUGGCUGGAUCAGUGUUAAGCCAGCGUGGUUGCGAAAUGAGGAUAGGAAAAGAGCAUCAUCCCCCGCCUUUGCACCAUCUUCUCCUCGACGACGUGUGUUUACCACCGGCGUACUGCUAUUUUUGGUGUCUACAGUCAUCCCUUACCAAUUCGCGUAUCUGGUUGCAUGCCUGGUGCAAGUAGCCACUUGUACAAGAGCCCUUCGAUUCGCCCGUGAAGCACGUUCGAACACGAACUAUAAUUUCUACAACUAUGUACACUCGAUACUUGUUCUCAUGCUCUGGAUCUUGCCGAUCAACCUUCCGAUACUCGUUGUAUGGAUCCACAACUUGGCAGUGCAUUGGCUGACACCAUUUUCCUCUCAUCAUAACGUACUUUCAAUUAUGCCCUUCAUCCUUUUGGUGGAGACAUUGACUAGUGGCAAGAUGGUCCCUCGGGUCACAUCACGCGCUCGACACAUUACCAGUAUUCUCCUCUUUGGUAUCGCGAUAUACGCCGCAGUAUAUGGGGUGACUUAUGCUUACAUGCUUCAUUAUCUGGUCAAUUUAGUAGCAGCUUGGCUUGUCGCUAUUCAUUCUUCAACUUCGAAUUGGACACUGGCUGGUGUAACGACCAUGUUUGAUCCCGAGAGCAAUGAAAAUACUCGGAAACGCGGAAAGACACCUUGA